AUGCGGAAGCCGCAUGGUCGUAUUCGUAAUCAGCAUGUCGACGUUGUUAAAUUUGAUUUAUGUAAUUCUAUCACAAGUGAACCAAAACGAUUAAUGGAACAGCCAAGUUCGAAUUUAAAUGCACAAACAUUAUUUACACAACGCGAACAAUUGAUACUCAUGAAAAUUGAUGAGCGUGAUCAUUAUAUCCCAUUGUUAAACGAUCCCGAUUACAUAACUCCUGAUUAUUUGAAUAAAUUACGAAAAGCUACAAAAAUGAUCACUUUUACCAGUUCAAGUUUGAAAACUAGAAAACUAAUAGGGAAAGUAUUGACUCCAUCACCCUUACAAACGACAGAUCAACAAGAUAUUCGACCACGUCGACGUAGUUUGAAAGCAGUGACAAUAGUCACUCGAUUUCACAAUUAUAAUAAGGAUAAUAAGAAUAAUUCAAUAGUGACAAAACAACAAAGAAAAACAUGA